CUCCCCAAAACUCUAGGGUUUCCUCCGCCAUGGCGGGCGCCACCGCCGCCGCCCCGAUGGACAUCGACGCCGCCGCGCCCCCGCCCCCGGCCUUCAAGGGCAAGGGGCCGCUCCCCGCCUCCGCCGUCAAGUCCUCGCCCUGGGUCGAGAAGUACCGCCCCCAGUCCCUCGCCGACGUCGCCGCCCACCGCGACAUCGUCGACACCAUUGAUAGACUUACAGAUGAGAACAGGCUUCCGCAUCUGUUGCUCUACGGUCCACCUGGCACUGGAAAAACAUCGACGAUACUGGCUGUCGCGAGGAAGAUUUAUGGGUCACAGUAUGGCAACAUGAUUCUGGAGCUCAAUGCGUCAGACGAACGUGGGAUUGGUGUUGUAAGGCAGCAGAUACAGGACUUCGCUAGUGCACACAGCCUCUCUUUUGGAGCGAAGCCUGCUGUUAAAUUGGUCCUGUUGGAUGAAGCAGAUGCCAUGACUAAGGAUGCACAAUUUGCACUGCGGAGAGUUAUUGAGAAGUAUACAAGGAGCACAAGGUUUGCACUCAUAUGCAAUCAUGUGAAUAAAAUCAUCCCAGCACUACAAUCUAGGUGCACUAGGUUUAGAUUUGCCCCACUUGAUGGCUCUCAUGUUACUGAGCGUCUUCAACAUAUAAUAAAGUCUGAGGGGCUUGAUGUAGAUGAGGGUGGUUUGACAGCCCUGGUGCGGUUAAGUAAUGGUGACAUGAGGAAGGCUUUGAAUAUAUUGCAGUCAACACACAUGGCAUCCCAGCAAAUAACAGAAGAAGCUGUCUACCUUUGCACGGGAAACCCCAUGCCUAAAGAUAUCGAGCAGAUAGCAUUUUGGUUACUGAACGAACCAUUUUCAUCAAGCUAUAAAUAUAUAUCUGAUAUGAAGAUGAGAAAAGGUCUUGCCUUGAUUGAUAUCAUACGGGAGGUCACUAUGUUUGUGUUCAAAAUAAAAAUGCCAUCCGAUGUACGAGUAAAGUUGAUUAAUGAUUUGGCAGAUAUUGGUUUUUGUCCAGUUUUCUCCAAAAUACUAAGCACCAUCAUCUUAAUUAAUAAAUGA